AUGAUAUGUCGUCAACGUUGCAAUAGAAAAACACUGUGGGCAUUGAUAAAAAAUGAAGUUACAUGGGGAAUACUUGUGAUUCUAUGUUGUGAUCUGGCAUUGAUUAUUAUUUGGGCGUCUAAUCGUCCAGUUCAAUGGCAAAAAUAUAAAGAUCCAGUUCAUGAACAAGGUCUAAUUGCCAUUAUCGGCGGUAUAUUCGCUCUUGUAGCAACGGGAAUGUCAUUGGUGCAAAUCGUUCAGCAUUUUUUUCACAAAACCCACCAUCCGUCACAAAAACGUAUUAUACGAAUAUUAGUCGUGGUACCUGUAUACGCAAUCACAUCUUGGGUCUCGAUUUUGUAUUUUACAUCAUCUAUAUACAUGGACUUGUUCAAAUCUUGCUACGAAGCUUAUGUCAUCUACUGUUUUCUUUUAUUAUUAACAAAGUAUCUUGGUGGACAUCGUGGUGUCGCGGAAGUGAUUCUCAAUCAAGAUGUUAUUUUCUUACCAUUAGUACGCUGUUGUAUUAAACCACGCCCAAAUAUCAGAUGGGUUUGGUAUUUCAAAGUUGGCCCCUUACAGUACACCUUGAUCAGUCCGAUAUGCUCAGCAAUUGCUGUUAUAUUAAACCUAGCUGGUGUUUAUGAUGAUGGCAACUGGAAUUUCCGUCGUGGCUUUCCGUACAUAGCAAUUAUUAUAAAUGUUAGUCAAAUUAUUGCCUUGUAUAUGCUCAUAGCAUUCUAUGGAAAUGCCAAAGAAGCAUUGAAGCCCUUUCGCCCACUAGGCAAAUUUAUUGUAGUCAAGCUAAUUGUAUUUUUUAUCUUCUGGCAAACUUUGUUAAUGAGUGGUCUAGCAGCCGUUGGAGUCUUACGAAAUACGACAUGUGAUCCAGACACAAAUCAACAUUGUAAUGGCUCGACGACGGGUUUUACAGUUGAGCAGGAAAAGAUUUUAUUGUCGAAUGUAUUAAUUUGCGUUGAAAUGUUUGGCUUUUCAAUCGCUCAUCAUUGGAUAUUUGACUGGAAACAGUAUGCUGACGGAUCAUUCAAGGAAAUCAUGGAAACUCGUUACCAUCAAUUGAAUGAUAAUCAAGAAGAUACAGAACUUGAUCACAUCAUUACACGGUUAUGA